UCAGUUCAAUCUGGAGGACGCAGAGAAACACUUCUUCUUCUUCUUCUUCUUCUCUGGUUGGAUUUAAUUCAUUUUAACAGAAGAAGAAGACGGACAAACAGAAAAGAUUUCCUCAAAGCCUGAAAUCAUCAAAUGUCAACAAACUUCUGGAGCCUCUUGAACUCAGAGCUGGGCUUUUUCUUUCUGGAACAACAAUACAGUAACUCCUCCUGGACGAUUAGCGGGUAUUUUGGAUUGCAACGAUAUGUGAAAUCUGCAAUCAUAUAUGUUGUAAACGCUGGAUGUCAGAGGUCUGAGCGAAAGGACAUUUCUGCUGGUAAUGUUUAUGCAUCGUGAAGCGUUGCCGGCAUCUUUCAUAAAACAAAUAUACCCAAAAGCAACACAUAUAUAUCGCUCUAGAUUUAGUUAUCAUUAGUUUCUUUGCCGUUACAGUGUAAGAGUGUAUUCGAGAGGACGAAAAGCUCUACAAGUUGUGUUAAUAUUGCGUCAGAUUUACACAACUCUAGCAGAUAUUAACGUUGUUUCCCGUCGUCGUUUGUUCAGAGCUGUUUAAUUGUAAAAUUGCAGGUUCUAGCGCUUGUUCUAAAGCUAAGAAAAGUUCUACAAGGUCUUGAAAUAUUGAUCUAGACUAACGUUGGGUUAUUAAGUUGUCGCUUUCGUUUGUUGAGUUUGUUCUAAAGCGAAUAAAGAAGUUCUGGAAAUACUUCUACAUUUCCACCGGGUUAGGCGGUUGGAAGAUCCUCUCUGGAGCUGUAGAAAUGGAUUCAGAAAAGGGUUCUGGGAACAAAUCCAGGUCCCCCUCCACACCCAGCCUUGUUUUCCUGCUGCUUCUCGCCUCGUGUUUGACGUCCAUCGCCCCCGUUGGAUCCCAAAGAACCGUCUCAUCGGACAUGUCAAACCUUCAUAGCACCGACCCGCCUCAACGAGAACCAAAUCUGCUCCAAGAAACCGCCAUCAAACCCCCGACCCUGCUGGAGAAAACAAAACCAAAACACAACAAGCUGAAACACAACAAACACGAACGAAAGCAGUCCCUGAACGCCUCGUUGUUGUUGAAAAGACGCCCUCUGUCGCCCCCUAGCUGCCUAAAAGCCACCUCCAUAAACACCGCCUUCAAAUACAUCAACACCGUGUUGUCCUGCGUUAUUUUCGCCGUGGGGAUCAUCGGGAACGCCACCCUGCUGAGGAUCAUCUACCAAAAUAAAAGCAUGAGGAACGGCCCCAACGCGCUGAUAGCCAGUCUGGCUUUAGGAGACCUGAUCUACAUCGCCAUCGACAUACCAAUCAACGUGUACAAGCUGCUGGCGAUGACCUGGCCGUUUGCAGACAGUGUGUUCGGGCUGUUUCUCUGCAAGCUGUUUCCCUUCCUGCAGAAAACCUCCGUCGGCAUCACCGUGCUCAACCUGUGUGCUCUGAGUGUGGACAGGUACCGGGCGGUAGCUUCCUGGUCCCGGGUGCAGGGGACCGGUGUUCCCAUGGUAACGGCUUUGGGCAUCGGGGGGAUCUGGCUGCUGUCGGCGCUGCUCGCCGUGCCCGAGGCUGUCGGGUUCACCAUGGUUACCUUCGAGUACAGGAACGCUACCAUCAGAACGUGCAUGCUGCAGCCCAACACCCCCUUCAUGACCUUCUAUAGAGACGCGAAGGACUGGUGGCUGUUUGGGUUUUACUUCUGCGUUCCUCUGACCUGCUCGGCUGUGUUCUACGGACUCAUGACCUGCGAGAUGCUGCGGCACCAGAAGGGAAGCCUGAGGAUCGCCCUGAGUGAACACCUCAAACAGCGUAGAGAAGUGGCUAAAGCAGUUUUCUGUCUGGUUCUGAUCUUCGCUCUCUGCUGGUUCCCUCUCCAUCUGAGCCGCCUCCUGAAGAGAACCGCCUACAGAUCCCACGAUGCACACCGCUGUGAGCUGCUAAACUUCCUGUUGGUGCUCGACUACUUCAGCAUCAACAUGGCGACCAUCAACUCCUGCAUCAAUCCCAUCAUCCUCUACGUCGUCUCCAAGAAGUUCAAAAACUGCUUCAAGUCCUGUCUGUGUUGCUGGUGUUAUUCUGGCUCUCUCUCCAACAGCAUGCUGCCUCUGAACCAUGGAACCAGUCUGCAGUACAAACACACCGACCACUGAGAGCCCGUUUCUCCCACUGCACCUGAACUCAGCACCAACUACAUUGUGUAUAAAGGAUAACCACUAUAUUGAUCCUCUAAUGUUACGUUUAUACCUUUUUGCUGUGUAUUUAUUGAGGUUUUUAUAUAUUGUAUAGACUUGUGGGGAUUUAAUAUAUGGCAAAACAUAUGUGGACUUAAUACAUGUUGUGUUUUUGGUUCAGUUCGUCUGUUUUUUUUUAGCAGAAAUACAGAAAAACUAGUGCCUUAAUUGUAAUGAAACUUGGAAGAAAGUUAAAGCAAAGGUCAAGUUUAAACAUAUUACAAUUUGGAGCCAAUCAAGGUCACAGAAUAUUAAGAUUUUUUGGAAAUAGUGUACGUUUUAUGCCAGUUAUUUCUGUGUAUUUUCCACUUUAUUAAAUGUUUUAAAUAGAGGAAAAUACAGGCAGACAUGCAGGGCAUUCAUACGCAACACAUACAUCAAAUACAUUAAAUUAUAUUAAUAAAAUGUUAAAAUAUGCAUCAUAUUGGCUUCGUAGUGUAUUUGUUAUUAUUUUUGUUUUAUAUGUAAUCAUUGCAGCACUGCGCCCCCUGCAGGCUGGACUCCUCAUUACAUCCCAUAAUAUGAAACUGCUGCUGAUUUGUUUGUUCUCAGCUUUAUAUGUUAUUAUGCAGAAUUCAGGUCAGUAUAUAUACUGCUGUCUAAAUAUAUGUUUAUUUUAU